CUUUACUCAGGGAGAUUGAUUUACAAUGGAAACUUAUUGAAUGGUCGAGCACCAUAAUUAUUUAUACCCUGAAACUGCCCUGUGUCCGGGUUCUAUGCAAAUUUAUUGCAACAGUCAAGCUUAAAUGCAAAUUCAAAUUUUAUUGUGCAAAUUUGACAACAUUUGGUUGGCUUAAGCUUAAAGAUGGGAUUAGAGUAGAUAGGAGAACAAGGAUGAAUCUGAACCUGGCUCCGUGGUUGGUCUGGUUUCUCUCUCUCAGGGUUGUCUCCAACAAGACGGUUCGGCUGGAUGUGAUGGGAGAUGGAAGAAACCAGAUUAUUGCGGAUUUGAAUCAGGAUAUUCUUGACAACUCUAUACAUAGAAAUAUUGCUCCUCAAUCCAGUCCUCAGCUCAGCAAUGAACCUCAGGAAUGUCCCCCGUGUGUUUGUUUGUUAGAGGAUCAUUAUAUACACAACCAACUAUCCAGGAACACUCCAUCCAGACAUUUGCAAGAUCCUACUCCCAAACCAUCAAACUUUACUCCGGAUACAACUUUAAACUCAUUAUCCUCCAGUCCUAUCCCGGAGAAAACCCCUAAACCUGCUAAACUUGAGAAUGUUGUUCCACUGCCACCUCACGCAAUGGAAUCUGAUCCUACAACACCAACCUCAUCAUCUACAGAGAGACCGAGGAGUUCUUCAUCAGAACCUUCAGUAUCCUGUCCUCAGUCAAGUCCUAAUCCAGAACUAUGUUUGAGUGAGAGCUGUGUAAUGGCUGCUGGAACUAUUCUCUCCUCCCUGGAUAAGAGUGUAGAUCCUUGUGAAGAUUUUUAUCAAUUCUCUUGUGGAGGUUGGGAGCAGCGGAGCAGUAGCAACUCAGAUAGGUUUCAGGCGAUAGACAGGAGGAACCAGAAUAUUCUACAUUCUAUACUUACACAGGAUAAACAGGAAAAUGUAUCAGUUGCUGAAGAAAAAGCGAAAACUUUCUAUAGAUCCUGUAUUCAAGAUAGGCAAGGUGUUAUUGCCGAGGAUCUUAAUAAUUUACAGACAGUUAUACAGUUUGUUGGGGGGUGGAAUGUAUCAGGCGACUAUAAUGUCUCUAUGGAUAUCAAGGAAAGAAUAUUCAGAUUACAGAAUAUGUUGGGCGUGUCCGCUCUUUUUACCUGGGGUGUGGUACCUGAGAACAAUACUAAUCAUCUUGCUGUAGUCCCAGGGGGAUGGGUUGAAGAGAAUCUCCAGGAGUCCGGAACUUACAUAGAUCUCAUGGUUGGGAUUGGAUUCAUGCUCCAGGAAGCUGCCAAGUGUCCCCCCGUGGAGUAUGUUUAUGAUCUGGACCUAGAGCUCUCAGACGGGGAGAGUGUAAACGAGAUUGUUGAAGUUGAUUACGAGUACAGAUAUGAUAUAAAUGCUGGUGAUCUACCUGACCUAUUCUCUGUAUUUAAACAAGUGUUCUGGCCGGCAGCAGGUUCAGGGUUACAUAAUUCAACUAUACCAGGGGUCGACUUGGGUUCUCAGCCUUGGGAGUAUGGUCCGUACAUACAUCAGGAUGAGGAGGAGGAGGAGGAGGAGGAGGAGGAAAAAUCUCAAUAUUCUGAGGAACAGUACAGAAGAGGAAGAGAGGAUAAGGAGAACCUGAACCAUGAAGAGAACUUGAACCAUGAAGAAAAUACAGACCAUAAGGAUCCGGAGAAAAAUAUUCAUAGAACUAGCCGAGAGGAUUGCAUAAACAGAAUAUCAAAAGAGGUUGAAGAGACAGAGCUGAACCAACGAGUAGACCUGGAGCUAACAAUGCGAUCCAUACUUUACAUAGAGGAAAGGUUGAGAAACCUGUCUUCUGGUUCCCCUGGUCACACUCACGUCAAAUUAAAAUCAAUGACAAUGAAAGAAUUGGAGGAGAAGUUUGGGUUCCUGGACUGGAGUAUUUUCUUCUCCAGGUCCUUUGAGAUCAUAGAUCAUGAUCUAGACCAGGAGACAAUAGUAUUGGUGGAUGAACCCUAUCUACAGGGUGUGAGUAGUCUACUAGCUGAGCUAGAACCAACCCAAAUCCACAAUUAUCUGGUGUGGAGGUUGGUUGUAUCCUUCUACCCCAGCAAGUACAGUGAGGAGGAGAAGAGGAAGGAAACCUGUCUGAAGCAGACCGAGGAUGUGUUUGGUCCGGUAAUAACCGCGAUGUAUGUCCGAGACAAGACGGUGGAGUCAAGCAGGAAGGUUAUCCAGGAGGUGGAGAUGAUGGUGGAUAUCAUGAAGGAGGCCUUCAGCACCAACAUGGACAAGAUGAGCUGGAUGUCAGAGCAUUCAAGGAAAGCUGGAAAAGAAAAGUUGUCUGGAAUGAUGGAUCUAAUUGGAUAUCCUGAUCAUGUUCUGAACAGUACAUGGCUCAAUCAAAGAUAUGAGGAGGUUGACGUGAGCAACGACUACCUAAUGAACAUCAUCGCCUUCCAGAGCCAUGAGAGAAAGGAGGGCAUGAAACUAUUUAUAAAGACGUAUGAGAGAGGAUCCUGGGUUGAAACUUCUCAUGGAGGAAGUAUUGUAAUGGUAAAUGCAUUCUACAGUCCUAACAGUAAUACCAUGAUAGUUCCUAUUGGGAUGCUACAGGACCCGCUCUACUGGAGUCAACCAAAAUCUCUUACUUUUGGGGCAUUUGGUAUUGUUGUAGCACACGAGAUAACGCAUGCGUUUGAUGACGAAGGGAUAAACUACAGUCACCAGGGAGCCAUGGAUCAACUUUACGAUAAUAUUACCCUUGCAGCAUUUCAUACACAAGCUAACUGUAUCAGGGAACAGUAUUCAAGAUACUCAAUAUUAGAUGUACCUGUAGAUGGAAACCUGACCCUAACUGAGAAUCUGGCGGACCACGGUGGUUUAAAGAUGGCGCUUUCUGCCUACUCCACGUGGAAACAGGAGCACACUGAUCUUAAACUUCCGGCUCUACCUUACUCAGAUAUUCAACUAUUUUUUCUAGGUUACGCGUUACCGUGGUGCUCAACGCACUCGGAGUCUCACAAUUCUCACGUUAUGAAGGACGAACAUUCUCCCGGCAGGUUCCGAGUACAGGGACCUUUAUCCAACAGUGAGGAGUUUGCUGCGGCUUGGAAUUGUCCCAAGGGGUCUAGGAUGAAUCCUGUUGAUAAAUGUACUGUUUGGUAAACAUCAGCUUUUUAUCGUAUAUACACACUGCAGAGUGUUGCAGAGAGUUCAGUUCUCGCUAUUGUAUGUAUGUACGGUGCUAUGACAAACUUCUGAAAUAAGUACAAACUUUCAAAAUACAAACUCUUGAAUAAUAACUUAAAUUAUCAAACUCCGGACAUUUUUUCAAACAGAAGUAUUUGAAACAAUUGGGGUUAGAUUUAUCCUCCUGAAGCGUUUAAGAUUUUUUUUUCUGAAGUUUAUUUUUGUGAAGUUUUCAUGGUACCACAGGUCAAAAUAAGCUCGAUGUGAAGUAUGCCGUAUGCUUAAUGAGCUUAGCUUUUAAUACUACAGGAGUAAUAUUAGUAUAUAUUUGGUUUUAUAAACCUCUUUUUUUCACAUCAUCUGAAUUAUGGGAAAAGAUUAAACAGCGUCCCAAAAAAAUAUUUGGCAUAGUUUACAAUGAAAGUAUUUUUAAGACUUUUUCAAAGUUAAAAUAUUAUCCAUUUCUAACAUCGUAAUUAUAAAAAUAUUAUUUGUUUACAAGAAUGUUAAAACACGUUUAUAGUCAUGUACAAUGUACAUUGUACAGCUUGGAAUCUGUAAUCUACUAAAUGUGUAUAGUCAUGUUAUACGAGUUGUGCAGGGUGUCCCAAUAAACAUGAGAAUCAAGUGACGACUUAUAUAUCGUCUUUGGCCCUUGCGGUAUUAUAACGAACAUAAUUUUAGUAGUAUUCUAGCUAGUAGGGUUUCCACGAAAUGGCUAAAUCUUUUGCGCAAAAUUUGCGCUAUUUUCGCGCAAUU